AUGUGCAGCUGCCAUCUGCCCGAGAGUGAUCCAGUCAGGAAUGAGGUCUUGCAAAGGAGACAGGCUUUGCAAAGGUACAGCCAUAUAUUAACUGCAGAUGAUCAUUAUAGCAGCUGGCAAGAGGUUGAAGAAGAGUGUAAAGAAGAUCCUGAGGGCCUGGCACUCAGAUUAGCAGGGAAAGGAGCUGUUUCUGCUGCCCUAGAAGUGGCUGAGAGUGCAGGAUUGUCAAUAGACUUGAGGAGAGAACUCAAGGGUCGGCAACUCGUGAAACUUCUCACUGCAGACCCUCUCAAUGGUGGGGGUCCUGCUGAAGCUUCACGCUUUCUUUCAUCACUACGUGAUUCAGAUGAUGCUUUACCAGUUGCAAUGGGUGCAAUGCAGCUCUUACCCAACCUGCGGUCAAAGCAACUUCUUGUUCACUUUUUCCUUAAACGAAGAGAUGGGAAUCUAUCAGAUGUUGAGGUUGCCCGGCUUAACUCAUGGGCUUUGGGCCUUCGUGUUCUUGCUGCCUUGCCCUUGCCAUGGCAGCAAAGGUGCUCUUCCCUGCAUGAGCACCCGCAUUUGAUAUUGGAGGUUCUGCUGAUGAGGAAACAGCUGCAAUCUGCUGCUCUGAUCCUUAAAGAAUUUCCUUCUUUGAGAGACAACAGUGUAGUUGUUUCAUAUGCUGCUAAAGCAAUUGCUGUUAGUAUUAACUCUCCCUUCAGAGAACCACGGAUCUCUGUAUCUGGAACAAGACCAAAACCUAAAACGCGAACAGGUGUGCCUGCAAGGUCGUCUUUUACUAGCAGUUUAAGUAACUUGCAAAAAGAGGCUCGUAGAGCCUUUUCUUGGGCCCCGCGAAAUAAUGGAGAUAAGAAUGCUCCAAACGAUUCUUAUCGCAAAAGAAAGAGUUCUGGUUUGUCACCAUCUGAAAGAGUGACAUGGGAGGCAAUGACUGGAAUUCAAGAAGAUCAUGCAUCAUCAUAUUCUGCAGAUGGGCAGGAGCGGCUCCCAUCGGUUUCAAUUGCUGAGGAAUGGAUGCUAACUGGUGAUGCUAAUAAGGAUGAAGCUGUUCGUGCAUCACACCGAUAUGAAAGUGCCCCUGACAUUAUACUUUUUAAGGCGCUGCUAUCAUUGUGUUCUGAUGAAUUGAUGUCGGCCAAAAGUGCUCUGGAUUUAUGUAUGAAUCAGAUGAGGAAUGUUUUGGGUGCACGACAGUUACCAGAUAAUGCAUCAACAGAAACAAUCGGUAGAGCAUAUCAUGCGACAGAGACAUUUGUUCAGGGGCUACUUUAUGCUAAAUCCCUGCUGAGGAAGCUUGUUGGGGGGAGUGACUUGUCCAGUAAUUCUGAAAGAAGUAGGGAUGCUGAUGAUGUAUCUUCAGAUGCUGGUAACUCUAGUGUAGGCAGUCAGUCCACAGAUGAGCCAUCUGAAAUCUUGUCACAGGCAGAAAUUUGGCUAGGAUGUGCUGAGCUGCUCCAAAGCCUUUUGGGGUCAGGAAUUGCUGCUUCUCUUGAUGAUAUUGCUGAUAAAGAGUCAUCUGCCCGUCUUCGUGACAGGUUAAUUGUUGAUGAACAGUACAGCAUGGCUGUCUAUACUUGCAGAAAGUGUAAGAUUGAUGUUUUCCCUGUAUGGAAUGCUUGGGGACAUGCUUUGAUUCAGAUGGAACACUAUGCACAAGCUCGUGUAAAAUUCAAGCAAGCUCUUCAAUUGCACAAGGGUGACCCUGCACCCAUCAUUCUAGAAAUUAUUAAUACAAUUGAAGGAGGCCCGCCAGUGGAUGUGUCAGCUGUUCGUUCUAUGUAUGAACAUUUGGCCAGAAGUGCACCAACUAUCUUGGAUGAUUCUCUUUCUGCCGAUUCAUACCUCAAUGUUCUGAACAUGCCGUCUACAUUUCCACGUUCAGAGAGAUCCAGGCAUUACCAAGAAUCUGCAAAUAAUAACUCAGCUUACAGCUCUGAGUUUGAAGAUGGACCUCGCAGCAACUUGGACAGCAUUCGUUAUGUUGAGUGUGUUAAUUAUUUACAGGAAUACGCUCCUCAGCAUUUGGUUGGAUUUAUGUUCAGACAUGGGCACUACACUGAUGCCUGCAUGUUGUUCUUUCCCCAAAAUGCUGUUCCACCACCUCCUCAACCUUCAGCCAUGGGAGUAGCGACUUCAUCUUCAUCGCCUCAAAGACUUGACCCUUUAGUAACCGAUUAUGGGACCAUUGAUGAUUUGUGUGACUUUUGUAUUGGUUAUGGUGCCAUGAAUGUUCUUGAAGAAGUCAUAUCGACAAGAAUAGCAUCUGCAAAACAACAGGAUGUAGCAGUAAAUCAGCAUACUGCUGCAGCCCUUGCACGUAUUUGCACCUAUUGUGAAACUCAUAGGCAUUUCAAUUAUCUCUACCAGUUUCAGGUAAUCAAGAAGGAUCAUGUUGCUGCUGGACUAUGUUGUAUUCAGUUAUUUAUGAAUUCUUCUUCACAAGAGGAAGCUGUUAAACACUUGGAAAACGCAAAGAUGCAUUUUGAUGAAGGAUUGUCAGCUCGAUACAAAGGUGGAGACUCUACAAAGCUUGUCACUAAGGGUGUUAGAGGAAAAAGUGCAUCUGAGAAGCUCACGGAAGAAGGACUUGUUAAGUUUUCUGCUAGGGUUUCAAUCCAGAUGGAAGUUGUGAAAUCCUCCAAUGAUUCAGAUGGACCACAGUGGAAACAUUCUCUUUUUGGAAACCCAAAUGAUCCAGAAACCUUCAGGAGAAGGUGUGAGAUUGCAGAGACGCUUGUCGAAAAGAACUUUGAUUUGGCUUUCCAAAUAAUCUAUGAAUUUAAUCUUCCAGCUGUUGAUAUAUAUGCUGGUGUUGCUGCAUCACUUGCUGAGAGAAAAAGAGGCGGCCAGUUGACAGAAUUUUUUAGAAACAUUAAAGGAACUAUUGAUGAUGAUGAUUGGGAUCAGGUCUUGGGGGCUGCAAUAAACGUAUAUGCUAACAAACAUAAAGAACGUCCAGACCGUCUCAUUGACAUGUUAACCAGUAGUCACAGGAAGGUGCUGGCUUGUGUUGUCUGUGGUCGUCUAAAAAGUGCAUUCCAAAUCGCUUCUCGAAGUGGAAGUGUGGCUGAUGUUCAAUAUGUAGCUCAUCAGGCAUUACAUGCAAAUGCACUGCCGGCCAAUACAAUUGCUUUCGAAGUUUGUGAUAUGAAGAAUGGUAGAAGUAGUUUCCAGCACUGCACUAGGAUGCUGAGAUUAUCACAAUUACCUUCAAAGCCUGCACUAUAUGAACUACCAGAGCAAAAGCAUUUGAGAGCAAAAGCAUUUGAGUUUCAAGGAUGUGACGAGAAAACUAUAAGGCUGGUCAAAAUUUACACAAAGGCUGAUCAGCAUUCUGCACAGACGCUCAAACAAGUUGUUCAAUUGAAAAACCUUUUUUGGAUACUAGAGAUGUUCAAUUGGAAACCUUUUGGAUACAUGACAGUGCUGCCAGAGUUGAUUAAAGAACAGAUGAUGACAAAGUAA